UAAGGUUGACUCUUUCUUUCCUGUAGCUGGUCCUCUGUCUCGUAAAGACAAUAAUACAAUUCAAAGGAAGCGUUUGUUCUGUGUUGUUUUUGUUCAUAUGAGCAGUGUGGCUGUUACUAUUAAUACACAACGGACCGUCCUCAGUGUAAAUAUACGUGGAUAUAAAGUGUUGUUACGCUGUUGUUAAACUCCUGAACCGGUGUGACAGAAGUGAUGCAACAUGGCAGCAACUCCUCUCAAAAGGUGUUUUCUCUAUGCGCUGAGAACACAUGCUCGGUGUCAGAGCCGCGGACUUGACUCUUAUGCAGGGAGGACAGUCAGCCGGGUGUCUUCUGCGGUGAUAUGUAACCACAACGGAGCAGAAGGACACACUAGCGUGGACAGGGGACCCUCGUUGGAAUGGGACAGAAGAGGUGGUCGGGACAACAGCAGCUCCCCCCUGCUCAAGUCAGUGUCGGUGGGUUUGGGACUCUGUGGUGCGGCUUUUCUGGACAGUCAAAAAGAAGAUGAAGCCAAGGACAGAAGAGUGUCGAAAUCCGGGCGGUGCCUGGAAAUCAUUCUGCCGUUAGCUCAGUGUGCUGCCCCCUUUAAACCCGACAGCCCCCGGUAUAAAUACAACUUUAUUGCAGAUGUGGUCGAAAAGUCCACCCCAGCUGUCGUGUAUAUCGAAAUCGUGGGCAGACACCCAUUUUCAGGAAGAGAAGUCCCAGUGUCAAAUGGCUCUGGUUUCAUUAUUAGCAGCGAUGGUCUCAUCGUCACAAAUGCUCAUGUUGUGGCCAACAAGAGAGGCGUCCGAGUGAAGCUCACCAACGGAGAGAUGUACAAUGCCACCGUGCAAGACGUUGAUCCAGUGGCAGACAUCGCCACCAUCAAAAUCACAGCGAGGAAUCCUUUGCCCACUCUCACUCUCGGUCGCUCGUCUGAUGUCCGACAAGGAGAGUUUGUGGUUGCCAUGGGAAGCCCGUUUUCUUUACGGAAUACAAUCACAUCAGGAAUCAUCAGCUCCGUGCAGAGAGGCAGUAGGGAGCUGGGCCUGUCCAACUCCAACAUGGAGUACAUCCAGACCGAUGCAGCUAUUGAUUUUGGAAAUUCUGGAGGUCCACUGAUUAACCUGGAUGGUGAAGUCAUCGGUAUAAACACCAUGAAGGUCACUGCAGGGAUCUCCUUUGCUAUUCCAUCAGAUCGUCUAAGAGUUUUUCUCGAUCAAGCAGAAAAAAAGAAAAACUCUUGGUUUGGUGCGUCAGAGACCAAGCGGCGGUACAUUGGAGUAAUGAUGCUGACGCUAACGCAGAGCAUCAUUGCCGAGCUUAAGUUGAGAGACCCUUCCUUCCCAGACGUGACACACGGCAUCCUGAUCCACAAAGUGAUCAUGGGCUCGCCGGCCAACAGAGCUGGUAUGCUGCCAGGAGAUGUUGUGGUGGAGAUAAACGGAGUGAAGGUGAACACCUCUGAGGAGAUCUACCAGGCCGUCCGCAGCAGCGACCGAAUCACAAUGGUGGUGCAGAGAGGGCACGAGCUGCUUCAACUUCAAAUGACUCCUGAGUACACAGAGUGACUCUUAACGCCAUGUUAACAUGAUGGACAGACGGCCACAUGAUUCGUUAAUGUACACAAGAAAACUGUGAAAUGUGAUAGUGAGCGUGGUCGGAGGAAAUGUGUUUGAAUUUAAUAAAUUAAGUUGGGUUGUUUUAUGUACAUAGAUCCAGUCUUUGAUGACUUUGUUAAAUAUUUUGUUGAUACUGCAAAGUAAGUUACAGAGUCAAGCCUGCAGUGUCAGCUUAAAGAAAAUGAGGGUGUUUCAGCCAUAUUCAUCAAGUAUUAUCUGUUCAAAACGUCUCUGAAACUGAGGGCUGUUACACAAUGAGUUCAUUGUCAUUUCUCAAAUUCAAACUGUUUAUAUUUUCAUAAACCUGCCAGCAUCUGAAAAGUUUAAUGGAUAAACGGUCUAGUACAGUAUUUGGUCUCAGGUUUCUUCAAGUACAAUAAACGUUUUUUUGUCUA